ACUAAAUUCAAAAAGUAGUGUCCCAUACGGGUCAAACUCAGAAAUAUAUAAGAAGCUGUAUUGAUUUAUGAAGAGUUUGUAUGCAACUUCCCUCUGUAUUUCUCAUUGCUUUUCUUUUUUAACAAGUUUCUUGGAGAAGGGGUCACUGGUUCUCUCUUCUCUCUUCUUAGAUCUCUAAGCUAAGCAUCCACAUGGCUUCUGCAAACAGAUGGCUCAAACCUGAGGUGUAUCCGCUAUUUGCAUCGGUGGGUGUGGCGGUCGGCAUUUGUGCCAUGCAACUUGUCAGGAAUAUCACCACCAACCCUGAAGUCAGGGUAACCAAAGAAAACAGGGCAGCUGGAGUUCUUAACAACUUUGAAGAAGGUGAAAAAUAUGCAGAACAUGGACUUAGGAAAUUUGUGCGCAACAGACAACCUCAAAUUAUGCCCUCCGUCAAUAACUUCUUCUCUGACCCUAAAUAAAAUCCAUUUGCACAAUUCUUCAAAAUUGGAUGAAAGCUUCAAGCUUAUGUUCGCCAAAUUCCAAAUUGAUUGUCUGUUGAAUUUUUUUUUUAAAUUAUUUAAAUUUAUAUAUAAAUAUUGUAACUAUGCCGCAAGGGUUGAAAAAGAUAGGAAUCAAAACUCAAAAUCUGUUGUAUGUCAUUAUUUAAGAAUGAUGGAAUGAAGCAAUUAAAUUGAGUUCUGGGUUGUAA